AUGCCGCACCCGGGUGCAAUGGAGGUGGAGCUAUGGAACGCUCCUGCUGCGAAGGUGGAGCGAAGGGGAUUGGCAAGUUCAUAUCGUUUCGAUCCACCACCAUCACGUCCGAGGAAGAAGCGGACAGUGGUUCGUCGUGACCGUGAAGGUGGAGCCGAGCGCCUCCAUCGCGAUUAUUUUUCUGUCGAUCCUGUUUAUGGGCCACAAUUCUUUCACCGUCGAUUUCGCAUGAGCCGAGAGUUGUUUCUACGCAUUGUUGAUCCUUACUUCCAACAACGUCCGGAUGCUAUUGGCCGCUUAAGCUUCUCCCCGAUCCAGAAGUGCACUGCCGCUGUUCGACAAUUGGCAUAUGGAACUGCUGCUGAUUGUUGUGACAAAUAUCUCCGUAUAGGAGAGACGACGGCGUUGGAAUGCUUGAAGAAAUUCUGCAAGGCCGUCGUUCGUAUCUUUGGCAGCACGUAUUUGAGGCGGCCAACAGCUGCCGAUGUGCAACGCAUCACUGCAAUGCACGAAGCCCGCCAUGGGUUCCCGGGAAUGUUGGGGAGCCUAGACUGCAUGCAUUGGGGAUGGAAGAAUUGCCCCGUGGCUUGGCACGGCGCCUACACUCGAGGGGAUCAAGGCGAGCCAACAAUUAUAUUAGAGGCUGUUGCUUCACAAGAUUUGUGGAUCUGGCAUGCAUUCUUUGGAGUCGCUGGGUCCAACGACAUCAACGUGCUCCACCAGUCCAUGCUAUUCAACGAUGUUUUAGCAGGGCAUGAAGCGGUUGUGCACUUUCUCGCCAACAAUUCUCACCACACUCGAGGAUACUACUUAACAUACGGCAUCUAUCCGGACUGGCCGGUGUUCGUGAAGAGCUUCCAGUUUCCGAACGAUGAGAAAAAGCGGAGGUUCAAGGUGAUGCAAGAAGCUGCAAGGAAGGAUGUGGAACGAGCUUUCGGUGUUCUUCAGGCUCGGUGGGGUGAAAAUGCAAGUAAUUUUGACGAUGACGGCGGCGAGGGAUCAAGUUUUCCUCCUCAAACACAAUUCAAUUCCGGAGCACCACCGGAGUUCGCCGCCUAUUUGGCACGGAAUGCAAGCUUGAAUGAUGCACGAUUGCAUGCUUGCCUCCGCGAUGAUUUGGUUGAGCAUCUAUGGGCACGCUUUGGUCCGGUUGACCCGUAG